AUGGAGACAUCGGGGAGAAUAACAACCACGCCAGACGCCCUCGACUUCACAGUGGAAAACGUGGAGAAGGUAAGAAUCUUAGUCUAUGGACAAAUUCACCAAUCAAACAUGUAGAAUCACAAUAAUAAUCACAAUAUCAGAUGUGUGUAGCCUACGUGGGUCUCUGUAAUGUAUUUUCUAUGGGGUAGUUAUAAUGGUGGGGGGGUAUAGUUACAACAUAUACAGUAUCAUGACAUGAGUUUAUCAGCUAACCGUGGUGCAACAAACAAGUUGUGUUUUUGUCCCUGCACUGAAUGAGACCAGCUAGUCUUUGCAGCUGAAACGGUAACAAUAGCAAGUCUUUAUUCUGUCCCCUUGCCUGUGUAUUCUCCUGACCAGUGGUGGAAAAAGUACCCAAUUGUCAUACUUGAGUAAAAGUAUAGAUACCUUAAUAGAAAGUUACUCAAGUAAAAGUCACCCAGUAAAAUACUACUUGAGUAAAAGUCUAAAAGUAUUUGGUUCUGAAUAUACUUAAGUAGCAAAAGUAAAUGUAAUUGCUAAAAUAUACUUAAGUAGAAAAAGUAAAAGUACAAAUCAUUUCAAAUUCCUUAUAUUAAGCAAAGCAGACAGCACCAUCUUCUUGUUUUUGAAAUUUACAUAUACCCAGGGGCUCACUCCAACACUCAGACAUAAUUUACAAAAUAUGCAUUUGUGUGUAGUGAGUCCCCCAGAUCAGAGGCAGUAGGGGUGACCAUGUGUUUUAUUGAUAAGUGCGUGAAUUGGACAAUUUAACUGUCCUGCUAAGUAUUCAAAAUGUAACAACUACUUUUGGGUGUCAGGUAAAAUGUAUGGAGUAAAAACUACAUUAUUUUCUUUAGGAAUGUAGUAAAGUAAAAGUAAAAGUUGUCAAAUAUAAAUAGUAAAGUACAGAUACCCCAAAAAACGACUUAAGUAGUACUUUAAAGUAUUUUUACUUAAGUACUUUACUCCACUGCCCCUGAAUCAAUAGCUAUGACUGGUGGGCUAGUCUCUCUCCCGGUCUGUGUGAUGCACUAUAUCAUCCAACCCACUCUGGUGAAGGUUGUUGUGACUAAAUGUAGGCUAGAAGAAAAGGGUAGAGUGGAGUGCAUUGUGGGUACAGUGCAGAAUAUCAAAACAAAAGUAGAACUAAGUGCUCUUUGGUUAAGUCAAGGUCUAGAAUGUAACCGAAAGAAGAGGCAAGUCACUCUUUAUACUAGGGUUUUAAGUGCCUUUAUUUCUAUGGCAUGUGUCUGCCCACUUGAGAUUAUUUAUCUGAUGAUGUAAUUUCUAGUAGCCUAUGUAGAGUCUUACGCCUUCUGUCCAAAUGUAAUCUUCCUAACAUCUCAUACACACACUGCAUCUAUUCCUCUUCAUCUGUCACAGACUGACUGCCUGGCUGGCAAGUGGUAGGAUUUAUAAUCAGUAUCUAGAACAUCUAAAGUUGUUUAAUGAAUCCACAGCGGCUGAUGUGUGUGUGUUCCGUAUAUUCCGCCACAGGGAAUGCCCGGGCUUGAUAGGCAUGAUUUAAACAGAUACCAUACGCACACAAAUUCACUUUUAAUAUGCAGCAGAACACAAACCUCAAGGCAAGUUUUGAUGUGUGUGUGUGUGUGUUCUGGAGCCUAGUGGUAGUCGGUGUGCUUAGGAGGACAGAGGAGAUUGUGCAACAUGCUGGUGGUCAAUAAGAUGGAAGGAUCCAUCUCUCCCUCUCGCUCCCUGUGUAUAGCUUGCUCUCAUUACUUGUCUUUGUCUAGGCAUCUCAUUUUCUUUCUCUUAUCUCCCCUUCUCCAUCGUUCUCUGUUCUUAUCUUUGUGUGAUUUGUUUUCUCUCAGUUCUUCUGCAGACAGUCCUGCUGCCGUGAUCUUCUUACAAUAUUAUGCCACCUGUCUUCCUGUCCGCCUGUUUGUCUUUGUCUGCAUUUCUGUCUUUGUCUGUCUGUCCCAUCCUGUCUGUGUCCCUCUGUCUGUGUCCCUCUGUCUGUGUCCCUCUGUCCAUUCGUCCUGUCUGUGACCCUCUGUCUGUCUGGUCUAAACUCUGAGAAAGAUACAAUUUUUGUGUGCAUUACAGUCCAUUAGUCUUUGAUCAGGUCUGGCUAAUUGUAUCCCCAUACUACUGUGCACUGGAGCUCUCAGCUAAUGAUUAGCCAGCUGGGAGGGAGCGAGGGGGAGAGAGAAAGAGAAUUCUGGUACUGGAGGUCAUUAUACCCACCAGCCAACUCUCUCCAUCAUCUAAGGUGUGUGUGUUGGCAUGCUGUGGCUGCUAGGUUUCUGUGAUGAAUCUCCCUGUUGCUGGGUGGCCGGUGACCAGGGUCAGAGGAGAGGAGAGGAGAGGGGGUUGGCGGAGAGGGGGACGGGUGAAACAGAGAAAAAAGUGUGGAUGAGAUGGAGGAGCGAGUUGGAUGGAGGUUGGGAGAGAGAGGGGUGGGGUGGGGGUAAUGUCUGUGACAUUGACAGUAAAGAAAGGAGGGAGUGUGGGAUGUGGGAGGGGUGAUUCCACCGUCUUGAUUAGAGAGACAGUGGAAGGGAGUACGAGAAAGAGGGGGGAAAAAAGGGAGGUGGAGGAGGGGAUAUGCGACAGUCAUGAUUAAGAGAAGGCUAGAGGGACAGAGAUAUGGAGAACAGGAGAGGGAGAGGAAAUUGAAGUGCAGGGGGAGAGGGAGAAAUAGUAAAGAUAGAGAAAGCUGUGGCUGCAUCUCAAUAGAUACAGGUGGCUCCUUCUCAUUGGCUCUUUUCUGAUUCACACAAUUUAUAGCUAGAGUGUGUCUCAAUUGUGUGUAGCUUCCUCUCCUUGUCUUCCCUCCUCCCUCUCCUUGUCUCCUCUCCUUAAUCUCCUUGUCUCCUCUCCUACUGCUGUGAAUAGGGAAAACUAGGCCGGUGAAAGCAGUCGUUGGCCGGAAGGUGUCCACCAUAUGUGCUGUUGUUUUCAGAUCGAUGCAGAUGGGAGAGUGAUGGACGAGGAGUUGAAGGAGAGCAAGACACUGUAGACCAGUGCUCUCCAACCCUGUUCCUGGUGAGCUACCUUCCUGUAAGUUUUCGCCCUAACCCUAAUCUAGCGCGCCUGAUUCUAGUAAUUAGCUGGUUGAUAAGCUGAAUCAGGUUAGUUACAACUGGGGUUGGAUUGAAAACCUACAGGAUGGUAGCUCUCCAGGAACAGGGUUGGAGAGCCCUGUUGUAGACUGUUGAGAUGUACAUUGAGUGUACAUAACAUUAGGAAUACCUUCCUAAUAUUGAGUUGCACCCCCUUUUGCACUCAGAACAGCCUCAACUCGUCUGGGCAUGGACUCUACAAGGUGUCGAAAGCAUUCCACAGGGAUGCUGGCCCAUGUUGACUCCAAUGCUUCCGGCAGUUGUGUCAAGUUGGCUAGAUGUCCUUUGGGUGGUGGACCAUUCUUGAUACACACGAGAAACUGUUGAGCGUGAAAAACUCAGCAGCGUUGCAGUUCUUGACACACCAUUGUGCCUGGCACCUACUACCAUACCAUGUUCAAAGCAAUUCAAUAUUUUGUCUUGCCCAUUCACCCUCUGUAUGGCACACGUACACAAUCCAUGUCUCAAUUGUCUCAAGGCUUUAAAAUCCUUCUUUAACCUGUCUCCUCCCCUUCAUCUACACUGAUUUGAAGUGGAUUUAACAAGUGACAUCAAUAAGGGAUCAAAGCUUCACCUGGUCAGUCUGUCAUGGAAAAAGCAGGUGUUCCUAAUGUUUUGUACACUGUGUAGACCUAGUCCCCCAGUAGGUAACUCUAAUAACAGCUAAGUUCAAUGCACACGCGAACAUCUCUUCAGUCUCCAACAGCAAAUCAAUUGAAAGCUAAAUUGUGUUUCCCAUAAGUGGAUAAGAAGAGGAGAGCAAAUUGAUACAGAAGUAAACUCUCUCUCUUGUGUGUGUGUGUGUGCGUGCGUGUGCGUUAUGGAGAAGUACGUUCCUGGCCCUGUCUUGGUUCCACCAGUACAAUAGCCUUUGUCCCAGCUGUGUGUGUGUGUUUAUGUGCCCAGCACAAUCUGUGUGUGUGAUAAUAAUGGGUACUGUGCCCAGGCUGGCUGGAAAUAUAUCCUCUCCAAAGAUAAUCCAGUUAGUGUGUUAUUGCAUCUGUUACCCAACCUAGAGGUAGCCUAGGCCAUCUCAUCCCAUUGGGAUGUCUGCCUGGGUGGAACUGGUGCCAGCACCAUAAAGGUAACGCCUAUCCAGUCCCUUUCUGGGAACAAUGAAGACCGAGAGGGACUGAGACACACACACACACACACACACAGAGGGUAGAAAGAGCAAGAGUAGGAGAGAAAGGUACCGACUACCGAGAUACACAGACAGAGAAUACAGAGCGAGGGUGGUGGAAUGUGACACUAAACCGAGAGUCAUUGUGAUGUGUAGAGGAGAGAGAGAUGUGUUGUGCUAUUUUAGUGCAUGGCUGAUAUGAGAGAGGUAGAUCACUUCCAGUUGACAGAUUGAGCAUGACGUCACAGUCCCCCCCCCCCCCCUCUUUCCGUUAUCGAUGAUUGUUUAUUUUAUUUUAGAGCCAGGAGCAGGUACCAUAUCUCAUAUCAUCUUACCUGUUCAGGGGUUGAAUAUCAGUAUUCUCAAUGGCAACCACAUAAUGAUCAUUAAAUGGUUGUGGGGGCAUGUGUGAUGAUAGGUUGUCUUAUUGAUGCUGAAGCGAGUGUGAAGCUUCAGUAAUUGUGUCUUCAUCUUUUUCUGGCUGGGAUGCCGUCGUCAUUGGCAACAUGGGAGUAUUUUUAAUUUUUUUAUCACUGCGCAGACAUCAGACCCAGUCAACAUCCGCCCACACCCCUACACACACACACACACGAACACACAUCGUCCCAGCUUCAUUCAUUCAUCAGUUCCACUCCUCCUUCUGCACGUUAUUUGAUCUCCAUUUCACAUCAUUAAUAUAAAUAAGAACAGUUAUGAUGAUUAUAUAAGAUGACAUAGAUCUAAUCAAUAAUGAUGAUUGAUUUAUCCAGUCAGACGUGGAUCAAUAUCCAGUCCUUCAAGAAGAGUCUCUUAGCACGGCUCUGUCUGUCUGCCCCCCAGGAAUGGUACAACAGGACACGGACAGUACAUUACAGUAACUUUACUGGAUAUCAAAACCCGGACUGCUGUGUGACUCGACCAUGUUAGCCCGCAGAGCUAAAGCCUAGUCGCUAGAUCUAGGAGCUACAAUGAGUCUUCAGGUCUCAGUUUACUGAACCUCCACUAUGUAUACAUUAGUCUGCAGCACCCUCACUGUACCAUAGUUAGGAGAAGAUUUACUAUGUGGCUGGUUGCACCUGCACACUAUUCCCCUAGAGGGAGUACAUGAUGGAAGGUAGGCUACUAGGACAGAACAGUUAAACAGAGGUCAACAGACGACCUGCAUGUAAAGUGUUGAUCGAGACAGAUUCAUGUUUAUUUUAAUAUAGCAGGUAUUUUAAAUAGCAGGUGCUGUCUCUGAACUGCAGCAGUGCCAACUGCUAGGCCCUAUACAUACAGGUAGGCUAGCCUAUAUUUAAGCAAUAAGGCACGAGGGGUGUGGUAUAUGGCCAUUAUACCACGGCUAAGGGCUGUUCUUAUGCACGACGCAACACCGAGUGCCUGGAUACAGCCCUUAGCGGUGGUAUAUUGGCCAUAUACCACAAACCCCCGAGGUGCCUUAUUGCUAUUAUAAACUGGUUACCAACGUGAUUAGAACAGUAAAAAUUACUUUUUUGUCAUACCUGUGGUAUAUUCUAAUAAAAAGCAUGAGCUGGUGCACACCCAGAGAAAAUGAUUUAGUGUAGCGGUGCUGACUAACGGCGAAUAAACUAUAAGCUAUAAAAAUAAAGAGAGUGAAGAAGGCACAGUGAUGCCGAAACGUUGGUGUUUUACCCAAUAAAUUACUGGGAGUUUAUAUAUUGCAACUAGCUAGCCGCAACCGAAUGGAUGUUGAUGUAGGCUAAUCACCACUGCUCCCGAAGCAAGCACCAGUUAGCCUUGUUGUCUGUGGCCUGCACUACCUACCAGCCAGCUCUAGCCUGGACUAUUAUCGGCCAGUCUGCACUGUCUGCACAGCGCGUUAUCGACCCAGAACCUAUCGGAUUUUCUGCCGGAAUCAAUUAACCUUUAACACUGGAUAAUCGCAACUAGCUAGCUGCAACCAAAUGAACGUUGUUGUUGGCUAAUCAGCCUUGAGCUAGCCUUGAGUCAGGCACAUCUCCCGGCUAUCUACCUCUCUGUCAACCGGACAGGACCUCCUAGAGUCGACACGGAGCCCCGCCGAUCCAUCACGACUGGUCUGCCGACGUAAUCGUCUGUGGUUUCAACAGGCUUCCCGUUGCGACGACCACGAAUAUCCAUCUGCUAGCCCCGGCCCACUAGCACACGCAAACAACAGCCGUGCUUCCUGCUCGCUGUGCUGUAGCACCAAUUCGAACUGCUCUCGGACUCAAAUAUUGCUGUUCACUGGACCUUAUGAUCACUCAGCUGAACAGCUGAUGCCUGCUGGACUGUUCCUUUACACGGUAUCCUGUCCUGUUUAUCUGUUUAGCCUCAGCCCAAACUUUAUCGCCAUUACCAGUUGUUGUCUUAGCUCUCUCUAAUAACACCUGUGAUUGCUUUAUGCCUCUCUCCCAUUGCUGUUCCAGUUAGUUCUUAUUAUAUAAUUUCACUGUAGAACCCCAAGUCCCUCUUAAACUGCCUCAAAUAGAUCCUUUGUUCCACCCCCCAUACACGCCGAGACCGGCUCAAUCGGUGCCUCCAUUGAUGCUAUCUCUUUCAUUGUUACCCAACGCUUAGGUUUACCUCCACUGUACUCAUAUCCUUCCAUAUCCUUGUCUGUACAUAAUGCCCUGAAUCGUGAACAAGUUACCUCUAAAUACACCUCCGCUGUCUUCAACCAGGAUCUCAGCGAUCACUGCCUUAUUGCCUGCGUCCGUAACGGGUCCGCGGUCAAACGACCACCCCUCAUCACUGUCAAACGCUCCCUAAAACACUUUAGCGAGCAGGCCUUCCUAAUUGACCUGGCCCAGGUAUCCUGGAUGGAUAUCGAUCUCAUUCUGUCAGUAGAGGAUGCCUGGUUGUUCUUUAAAAGUAAUUUCCUCUCAAUCUUAAAUAAACAUGCCCCAUUCAAAAAACACAGAACUAAGAACAGAUAUAGCCCCUGGUUCUCCUCAGACUUGACUGCCCUUGACCAGCACAAAAACAUCCUGUGGCAUACUGCAUUAGCAUCGAAUAGCCCCCGCGAUAUGCAACUUUUCAGGGAAGUUAGGAACCAAUAUACACAAGCAGUUAAGAAAGCAAAGGCUAGCUUUUUCAAACAGAAAUUUGCAUCCUGUAGCACUAACUCCAAAAAGUCGGAGGGCCUGUUGUCUGGGCCUAUGGCAGUCUCUAUGGGGGUGCCACAGGGUUCAAUUCUUGGGCCGACUCUUUUCUCCGUGUAUAUUAAUGAUGUCGUUCUUGCUGCAACAAAGCCUCCUUCACUCAUGCUGCCAAACAUGCCCUCGUAAAACUGACUAUCCUACCGAUCCUUGACUUUGGCGAUGUCAUUUACCAAAUCGACUCCAACACUCUACUCAGCAAAUUGGAUGUAGUCUAUCACAGUGCUGUCCGUUUUGUCACCAAAGCCCUAUAUACUACCCACCACUGUGACCUGUACGCUCUUGUUGGCUGGUCCUCACUAUAUAUUCGUCGCCAAACCCACUGGCUCCAGGCCAUCUAUAAAUCACUGCUAGGCAAAUCCCCUCCUUAUCUUAGCUAAUUUGUCACCAUAGCAACACCCACCCGUAGUAUGCGCUCCAACAGGUAUAUCUCACUGGUCAUCCCCAAAGCCAACACCUAAUUUGGCCGCCAUUCCUUCCAGUUCUCUGCUGCCAAUGACUGGAACGAAUUGCAAAAAUCUCUGAAGCUGGAGACUUAUCUCCUUCACUAACUUGAAGCAUCAGUUGUCAGAGCCUUACCGAUCACUGCACCUGUACACAGCCCAUCUGAAAUUAGCCCACCCAACUACCUCAUCCCCAUAUUGUUAUUUAUUUUGCUAAUUUGCUCCCCAGUAUCUCUAUUUGCACAUCAUCUCUUGCACAUCUAUUUAUUGCCUUACCUCCAUAAUUUGCUACACUUGCACACACUGUAUAUAUAUUUUCUGUUGUAUUUCUGACGUUAUGUUUUGUUUUACCCCAUAUGUAACUCUGUGUUGUUGUUUUUAUCACACUGCUUUGCUUUAUCUUGGCCAGGUCGCAGUUGUAAAUGAGAACUUGUUCUCAACUGGCUUACCUGGUUAAAUAAAGGUGAAAUAAAAAAAUAAAAUAAAUGUAAUUGUAAUGUGGCACGAGGCUAUAGGAUGCUAUUACCAUCAUACACUAUAUAUACAAAAGUAUGUGGACACUCCGUCAAAUUAGUGGAUUCGGCUAUUUCAGCCACACCUCUUGCUGACGUGUAUAAAGUAGAGCACACAGCCAUGCAAUCUCCAUAGACAAACAUUGGCAGUAGAAUGGCCUUACUGAAGAGCUCAGUGACUUUCAAUGUGGCAACGUCAUAGGAUGCCACCUUUCCAACAAGUCAGUUCGUCAAAUUUCUGCCCUGCUAGAGCUGCCCCGGUCAACUGUAAGUGCUGUUAUUGUGAAGUGGAAACAUCUGGGAGCAACAACGACUCAGCCGCGAAUUGGUAGGCCACACAAGCUCACAGAACGGGACCACUGAGUGCUGAAGCGCGUAGCGCGUAAACAUCGUCUCCUCAGUUGCAACACUCACUACUGAAUUCCAAACUGCCUCUGGAAGCAACGUCAGCAUAAUAACUGUUCGUCGGGAGCGUCAUGAAAUGGGUUUCCAUGGCUGAGCAGCCGCACACAAGCCUAAGAUCACUAUGCGCAAUGCCAAGCGUCGGCUGGAGUGGUGUAAAGCUCGCCGUCUUUGGACUCUGGAGCAGUGGGAACUUGUUCACGAUUCACCAUCUGGCAGUCCGAAUCUGGGUUUGGCGGAUGCCAGGAGAACACUACCUGCCCCAAUGCAUAAUGUCAACUGUAAACUUUGGUGGAGGAGGAAUAAUGGUCUGGGGCUGUUUUUCAUGGUUCGGGCUAGGCCCCUUAGUUCCAGUUAAGGGAAAUCUUAAUGCUACAGCAUACAAUGACGUUCUAGACUAUUCUGUGCUUCCAUCUUUGUGGCAACAGUUUGGGAAAGGCCCUUUCCUGUUUCAGCAUGACAAUGCCCCCAUGCACAAAGCGAGGUUCAUACAGAAAUGGUUUGUCGAGAUCGGUGUGGAAGAACUUGACUGGCCUGCACAGAGCCCUGACCUCAACCCCAUCGAUCACCUUUGGGAUGAAUUGGAACGCCGACUGCGAGCCAGGCCUAAUCGCCCAACAUCAGUGCCCGACCUCACUAAUGCUCUUGUGGCUGAAUGGAAGCAAUGUUCCAACAUCUAGUGGAAAGCCUUCCCAGAAGAGUGGGGGCUGUUAUAGCAGCAAAGGGGGGACCAACUCCAUAUUAAAGCCCAUGAUUUUGGAAUGAGAUGUUCGACGAGCAGGUCUCCAAAUACUUUUGGUCAUGGAGUGUAUCUAGCUGUCUCUGUGUGCUGUCUGAGAGUACCUCGUGGCUCAUUAUACACUCUGCUUUUAAUGUUUCCUCUCUACCACUCCAUCUCUGACACACACACACACACUGGGAGAGUACUAGUAUAGUAGCUAGUUCUUUCAGUGCCAAAGCGCCUCCAUCUGUGGCAUAUUUGUGUGUGUAGCAAGUGUGUGUGUGUGACCAUAUGGAGAAUCUGCUGCAGACAGACAGUGGUGCUCUUCACCUGCAGCCUCCCGUCUCGCUCCCUCUCUGUCUCUCUGCAUCAGGAGUGGAUGAUCAGAUCCCUGACUGCAGCUGCUAUCAACUGACAGACAGACAGACCGACAGAUCUGGUGGCUAAUGAAACAGUUGAAGCAACAUUAGAGCUGCUAGUUGGAUGCAUCUGGCUAGCUGUAGUGAGAUGGGUCUCACACCCCUGGCUUUUAUGUACGACACACACACACACACUCUGGAGUGUGUGUCUGGGAUGAAAAGUCUCCUUAGAUCACACGGUGGACGGUGGUAAUGAUCUGCCUUCGCUUUGAACUCUGGAAAAUCACAGCCUUGUUUAGAAGGGAUGAGAAAGAGAAGAAGGGAGGGAGGAAAGAAAGAAAGAAAGACUGGGCAGCACAGAGUGACGGAGAGAGAUGAAGAGGAAUGAGAGCAAUGAGAGAUUUCAGUAAAGACACUGCUCCUCAGUAAAGAGGGUUUGCUUGAGCUGGGCAGAUUCACUAUUGGAGCAGCUGCGUGUGUGUGAGAGAUGCAGAUAGAGCAGUGUUUCAGCGUGGAACAGCGGAGGACUGGAAUAUGAGUCAGGCUGUGAUCUGUAUGACACACACAACCCGAGACCUCUCCAUACUGCGUGUAUCAACGCUGAGGGAUUAUUUCAAAGGAAACAAAGGGACGCUGCACAGACAUUUAUCCUUUCAGGUGCUUCUCUUUAUUAGACAAUGAUGUCAAUCUACACUAGCUUUUGGUCAGGGUGCUAAGUAGUGUUACACACCAGAUACAGUAUGUAACUGGAGACACCUCUUGAUACUCUCUGUAUUGAUGGUGUUCUAUAACAGCAGUCAGUCAGUCAUACUAGAGUCUCCAUACAACCUGCUGAGUCUAGCUAUUGCAAUUAUACUGACUUUCUCCCUCCCUCUCUAUACCUCCCCCAUCCCCCUCUCUCUUGCUCGCUCUCGAUCUUUCUCUCUCUCUCUCUGUCUCCCCCCCCCUCCCCCCCCCAGGCGCUCCACCAGUUGUAUUAUGACCCUAACAUAGAGAAUAAGAACCUGGCCCAGAAGUGGCUGAUGCAGGCUCAGGUCUCCCCUCAGGCCUGGCAGUUCUGCUGGGCCCUGCUCAGCCCUGACAAGGUAUGAUAUACCGACACACACACGCACACCAGGAUUUCCGUUAGGAAAAUGUUGCGCCGGACAUUUGACCGGCAGAAUUUUUAUUAACGGACAUUUAAGAAAUUUACUGGACCUAAAUGCAUUGGGUGUGUAACCUGAUUAGGGCGUCCACCCACGUUGCAACUCGAGGAUGCAACGGUGUGCGUCCUUCUUACCGAAUUCCGAUGCGCAAUUGUUAGAAUAACUGUCCACAUUUACUUUUCCUCAGCCAACAAGACAAGUAACGAACCGCAACAUCACUAGCCUAUGUCAAUCUACUAUCCUCCGUAGUAGAAAUGUUUACAAUGAGAAAUGAGGCUCAUGAAACGGAUCAGAACGUUUAGCUUAAAAUGUUGAUAAACUAUUAUUUCUUCACAUUAUAAUAGCAGCAAUGCGUACAAGGCAGUAGGCUACACUCAAAUGUUCGUUCCAUAAUUCAAUUAGCGGGAAAACACCGUUGUCAAAAGCACAUUGCAGAUGCGAGCGGUUUCAUGAGACAGAGAUUAAAAUAUACAAUCGAAAUUUAGAAUGAGUGGAGAUCUAAAGAUGUAACAACUAACAUGGGUUGCUAAUAUGACUAGGAUUGUGCCUUUGGCUACUGGUCAAUGAAAGAAAGUUGAUUUGAAAAGCAGUAGAACAUGAGAAAAACUGGCUACUGGUUUCAAUGGCAUAUGGAAGUCUUUAUAAAAUAAUUCGCUACGUCGACUGGUAUUUCAAUCAAUUAAUGGGCUAAAAUGCAUUUUCGCAAUGGGAUUUUUAAAAUUCUCCCAGACCAAUUGGCCGACGGCAAUUUUAUUCAAUGGCAUUUCAGUUUUUAGGGGGGCCAAAAGCCGGCUAACGGAAACCCUGACACACACACACACCUAACCCUCUCUCUCUCCCUAGGUUCCUGAGAUCCAGUACUUUGGGGCUAGUGCCCUCCAUACUAAGAUAUCCCGCUACUGGUCUGACAUCCCCUCUGACCAGUAUGAGACCCUGAAGACUCAACUCUUCUCUCAGAUCGCCUGCUUCUCCUCCGGGUCCAAGAUGGUGGGUAGAUGGAUGGAGGGAUGGAUGGGAGGAUGAGUAGAUGGAUGGAAUAAUUUAUUAGAUCAGGGAUGGGCAACUAUGAUGGGGGUUGGGGCCACAAAAAAACACAACUCAUGUGGGUCUGCGUACCCACAUCCAUACCAUAGUUCUUUUUUGAAUUGGUCCACGGACGCCAGUUGCCCAUCUCUGAAUUAGAUCAUUGAAAAUACAUAUAACUGGUGGUAGCUAAAUGCCUUAAAAACCAUAAAGUAUAAUAAAUGCAAUGAUGACAGUACGUCGUUGUGAUCCUGUUUCCAAGGUGCUGACGCGUCUGUGUGUGGCGCUGGCCUCCCUGGCCCUGAACACCAUGCCAGAGGCGUGGCCGGGCGCCGUGCCAGAGAUGGUGCGUGUGUUCCAGGAGGAGGGAGGGGGGGUGGACGGCCGGGCCAGGUGUCUGGCCCUGCUGGAGCUACUGACCGUCCUGCCUGAAGAGUUCCAGACCAGCCGCCUGCCGCAGUACCGCAAGGGACAGGUGAGAGGCGCUAGAGACUGAGGGGUGCCAAUGGGCACAAUAGACAGACACACACACAUCCACCUACUACUCACCACUCUCUGUCUGUAGGUGCGAGGUGCGUUGGGUCGUGAGUGGGGGUCAGUGUGUCCACUCCUCCAGCAGCUGCUUCGUCGAGGGGACAGUCCCGGGGCAGUGAAGGCUCGUGUCCUGCGCUGUCUGUCCUCCUGGGUGCUGCUGGACGUCCCUCUCAGUGAGAGUGAAGGACUGGUGGAGGACUGUUUCACUGCUCUACCAGACCCUGAGCUGUUUGAUACCGCCGUGGAGGCUAUCGUCAAUGCCAUAUCACAACCCGACUCCCAGAGGUGUGUACGGGGCCAGGGGAGGGUGUGAGUGUGAGUCAAUCCAAUUACUUUAGACAAACACACAAGGUGACACGCAGUCAGUGUCUGCUUUAGGGAGGAGGUGGGGGGUAUUGUUUGAAGAGAGCCAAGAGAGCAACAGAUUCAGACAUGGAAGACUGAGACAGAGCAGAGAUAGGAAGAGCAUCACGAAGGAGGGAGGGAGGGAGGGAGAGCAGGAGGGAGGGAAAGAUGGCAGCCAAGAGCACAGUGGGCAUGGGAAGGGCAUAUGAGAGAAAGAGCUACUGUAGAGGGGAAAUGGGGAUGUAGAGAGAGAAAUACAGGCAAAGGAGAGUUGAGGGAGAGCGAGAUGGAGGGAAUAGAGGGAGAGCUGACUGCUAGGAGGGGAGAAGAGGGGGGAGGCAUUUCUCGGUUGGCUGGCAUUACCAUGGUUACAGAGCUGGGGGGCGAUGUCAUUGCGCUCCGAUUGGCUCCGAUGGCAGGCACCCAGUACCCCCUCCCCAAAACAAAGAGAGCGAGCGAGGGACGGAGGGAUGGAAAGAAAUAGGGAGAGAAAGAUGAGCGAGGUAGGGAGAGGUGCAACAUCCACCUAGGGGCAUCAGGUUGGAGGUGUGAUCACACUGCUGAUAGGCCUGUUCUGACACACACAGUACACACACAAGACACACAGUACUGCUCUAAUAGCUAGUCUCCUCCUCAACAUGUGGGUUGUUUUUAUUGCUCUAAAAUAAGGCCAAUAUUACUGGUGGAGGUAUGAAAAUGGCCCUCAUAUUAGUGCUGGGCGAUAUAUCGAAUUAAUUUGAUUAAUUCAAAUGUAUGUAUUGCAAGAAUCAAGUUUUUUUUAAAUAUAGUUUUCGUUUUUAUGAGCGUUUAUGUUCUCAUGUUGUCUUUUUGGUCUCGUCUCCUUUGCUCCAUUCUGAGAAAUACGGUAGAUCUUAACAAAGUGGACAGGUUAGCGUGCUGUUCAAACAGUUGGAGACGAACAGAAGGGUUUGUUCAUAACAAUUAAACUGUGAACUAGCAAAUAGAUCCAAGUUGGCGAAACUUAAAAUAAAAAGUAUUUUAUAUUCAUCAGUGAAUGUGCAUUAUACAUGGUUCUGGUUACAUUUGUAACAAAAAGGGCAUUUUCAUGAAAGCCAGAUCAGUGAUUAUUGAAAAAAAUGUUUAGUGGGUCUUAUGGUUGUGGAGGUCUUAUAUUUAGCCUAGGUAUAAUUUCACAAUCCCUGAAUUCAUUAGAUUAUUGCUAACUGGUUGAAAUGCAGUGUAUUUUACCUUUAAUUGUACAGCAAAGCGUAUUACGAGAAAACAUUAAAAAACAAAUUGAGAUAUACAUUGUGAAAGUUUGGAAAAAUCGAGAUAAGAUUUUCAGGCCAUAUCGCCCAGUCCGAAAACACUCAAUUAGAUUUGAAAAGGACUUGGUGUGUGUUUGCGUGUGCCUGCGCAUGUGUGUAUGUGUUUGGCCACACGAGUCAGGGCAGAAGGGCUAUCACUAUCUAUCCCCAGACCAUUAGCCCCUCCUUCCUUCCUCCCUUUCCUUCACUUAAAAUCUUUCCAUCUCUCUCCCCGUCUCUCUUUCCCCCAUUUUCCUCCUCUCCGCCCCGUCUCUCUCGCUCUGCCUUCUGCCCUCCUCUCCCUAUCUCCCCUCCUCCGCCUCUCUCCUCCCUUUAAUUACGGUGACGCUCUGAGAUGGGGAAAUGAGUUGCCUGGCAACAGGAUGCAGUUGGACCAAUAGCAUUCUCCCAAAUGACUUGACUGUAAUGUGGUUAAACAGAGAGAAGGAGAAGGGGAGGAAGAGAGGAGAAAGAUGGAGGUGAAAAGAGAGGGAGGAGCCUGUCAAAUUCAUUACACAGAGUUUUAUGGGGAGGAGAAAGAAAUGGUAGGGGGGAAAGCGAGAGGGAGAGAGAGAGCGGGAAGCGGAGGUCUGUGUGUCUGCGGCAGACAGUCUGUGUCUCAGUGGAAUCUAUAGGAUGUCAGGUUUCAUACAACAGAGAAAGAGACGCACAUACUCACACCCCAAUGCCCUCUGAAUAACACGCAUGCAGUGUGUACAGUGCCCUCUGAAUAACACAGAAAUAUACAGAAAUGCACACUAAUGCAUUAAAUAACAGCCCACCCUGGGAGAUUUAGUCAUCUCUAUGAGCAGAUUUCACACAGGCACAAAGCAGUCUGCACUCUGUAUUCAUUUUUAAUGGGCUGACUUGGAGAUGCAGGUCAUGCACUCUUAGCUGGGGGGAAGGGGUUACAUUGUGAAAGCACAUGUGUCUAAAGCGUGAGUGUGUGAGACAGAGAGGUAGAGAGAGUGUAUUUUGAAGGUCGGGGGAAAGAGGAGAAUUGGAACAGGUGCUUUACGGUAGAUGAACACUGUGUGUGUGUGUGUGUGUGUGUGUGGCUUGUUUUCAUGCAGGUGGUAUAGCAGCCUUCAUGAUAAUGUCAAUAAGGGGACACUCAUCAAUAUCCCACUAAGUGCAAACCAGAUGGGAUGGCGUAUCGCUGCAGAAUGCUGUGGUAGCCAUGCUGGUUAAGUGUGCCUUGAAUUCUAAAUAAAUCACAGACAGUGUCACCAGCAAAGCACCAUCACACCACCUCCUCCAUGCUUCACGGUGGGAACCACACAUGCGGAGAUCAUCCGUUCACCUACUCUGCGUCUCACAAAGAGACGGCGGUUGGAACCAAAAAUCUCAAAUUUGGACUCAUCAGACCAAAGGACAGAUUUACACCGGUCUAAUGUCCAUUGCUAGUGUUUCUUGGCUCAAGCAAGUCUCUUCUUCUUAUUAGUGUCCUUUAGUAGUGGUUUCUUUGCAGCAAUUCAACCAAGAAGGCCUGAUUCACGCAGUCUCCUCUGAACAGUUGAUUGUGAUGUGUCUGUUACUUGAACUCUGUGAAGCAUUUAUUUGGGCUGCAAUUUCUGUGGCUGGUAACUCUAAUGAACUUAUCCUCUGCAGCAGAGGUAACUCUGGGUCUUCCUUUCCUGUGGUGGUCCUCAUGACAGCCAGUUUCAUCAUAGUGCUUGAUGGUUUUUGCGACUGCACUUGAAGAAACGUUCAAAGUUCUUGACAUUUUCCGGAUUGACUGACCUUCAUGUCAUAAAAUAAUAAUGGACUGUCGUUUCUCUUUGCUUAUUUGAGCUGUUCUUUUCAUAAUAUGGACUUGGUCUUUUACCCAAUAGGGCUAUCUUCUGUAUACCACCCCUACCUUGUCACAACACAACUGAUUGACUCAAACGCAUUAAGAAGGAAAGAAAUUCCAGAAAUUAACUUUAAACAAGGCACACCUGUUAAUUGAAAUUCAUUCCAGGUGAAUACCUCAUGAAGCUGGUUGAGAGGAUACCAAUAGUGUGCAAAGCUGUCAUCAAGGCAAAGGGUGGCUACUUUGAAGUAUCUCAAAUAUAAAAUAUAUUUUGAUUUGUUUAACACUUUUUUGGUUACGACAUGAUUCCAUAUGUGUUAUUUCAUAGUUUUGAUGUCUUCACUAUUAUUCUACAAUGUAGAAAAUAGUACAAGUAAAGAAAAACCCUUGAAUGGGUAGGUGUGUCCAAACUUUUGACUGGUACUGUGUGUGUCUGUGCGUCCAGAGAGAAAGAAAGACAAUAGAUAUAUUAGAAAGGGCUGAGAACAGAAAGAACAGACCAGAGUAAUUGAAACCUAGAGAAAUUAAACAAAGCAACCGAGAGAUGGAGCUGGUGAAAAGUAAAGAUGUUUGUGUGGCGGGGAUGGGAUGGGGGGAAGAGGGGGGGAUGUGUGCAGCGUGUCUUCACAGGAUCAAAGAAAGAAUGGUUUGGGAAAAUAUUUAGUUUGAAGUAAACAAGACAGUCACACGCCUCCAGUUUUUCCCCUGGUACAGUAUGUGAACUAACUCACUUGUCGCUCUCCCUCUCUGUCUCUGUAUCACUCUCUUUUUCCCCCUCUCUCUGUAUAUCUUUCUGUCUCUCUCUCUAUGUGUAGGUAUGUGAACACGCUGCUGAAGCUGGUGCCCCAGGUCUUGUCCCUGCAGGAGCAGCUGAGAGAUGCCGUCCAGAACGGAGACAUGGAGACAUCACACGGAAUCUGUCGCAUCGCUGUCGCACUGGGCGAGAACCACUCCAGGUGUGUUUGUUGGUCCCCAAAAGGUCCUCACGAGUACACUAAAAUACAGCUGUGUGUGAGUGUGCGCUGUCCCCUCUAAAUCAUCAACCAAUCAUUCCUUUCACUUCCCCUUCUCACACUCCUUGGUGACAAUUGAUGCUUCUGGAUUAAUUCUCACAAACCAAUCAAUAAAUAAUCGGAUAAGAUGAUGUGUUCAGUUUCAAGUGCAGGCCCACCCUGGUAAACAAGCUGUUUGUUAUUGUGUUAUUCUGCAGUGUCUCCCAAGGCCUCAUGUCUCACUGUAUAUGUCAAUAUCUCCAGUCUUAACCUUUCACCUGUCACUUUAUCUAGAGAAACAGCCCUGCCUGUCCCACCUCACCUCACUCUAUCAAGAGAAACAGCCCUGCCUGUCCCACCUCACCUCACUCUAUCUAGAGAAACAGCCCUGCCUGUCCCACCUCACCUCACUCUAUCUAGAGAAACAGCCCUGCCUGUCCCACCUCACCUCACUCUAUCAAGAGAAACAGCCCUGCCUGUCCCACCUCACCUCACUCUAUCAAGAGAAACAGCCCUGCCUGUCCCACCUCACUCUCCUUAACUACUGACCUAGUUUACCUGGCUCUGUCCGUUUCUCUCGCUCUCUCUCCCUCAGGGCUCUUUUGGAGCAGGUAGAGCACUGGCAGGGCUUUCUGGCUUUGGUCAACAUGAUCAUGUUCUGUACUGGGAUACCAGGACACUACCCAGUCAACGAGACUACCAGCUCCCUCACACUCACCUUCUGGUACACACUACAGGUAUGCACCCUAACCCCUAUACUGUAACCCAGACCUCUACACUUUAACCCCGGGCACUAACAUUACACCCCAACCCCAACUACCCUGUUCAGAAUACCACCACUUAACAGCACACACUCUCUCUCUCCAGGACGACAUCAUGUCGUUUGACUCCGAGAGACAGGCGGUGUAUCUGCAGGUGUAUAGACCAGUGUAUUUCCAACUGGUGGAUGUUCUGCUGCAUAAAGCCCAGUUCCCCUCCGACCAGGAGUAUGCAUCAUGGUCCUCAGAUGAGAAGGAACAGUUCAGGAUCUACAGGUACAAGAGUGUGGAUGGGGAUGUGUGUGUGAGAGAGAAAUGUGAUUUGCUGACAGGUCUAUUGGUCAGCAGAUGAGCGUGUCUGUGAUUGUAACAGCCUGUAAGUGAAGUGGCAGCUGAGAGGGCACAAAUGUCUGAUGGAUGACAACGUUUGUCUGAGUAACAGAUCAUCAGAUGCUCAGAAGCACAUUACUUAACAGCACAGUAUAAAAUCAUGCCCUGCUGUUAGUCCCUGCACAGUUAAAUGGUGCCUUCUAUUUCACUUGAUUUCAGGUGUAAACACAAGAUUUGUACAUAUUAACUCAAUAGAAAAAAGCAGCAGACCCAAAACUGAACCUUGUGGCACACCACUUUCCCUCCAUAGUAUUGAUUGUUCCCCCUCCAUAACAAAACCUUGCCUUCUGUUGGUGAUAUGCGUUAAACUUCUAUCUUCUAAGACUUAACACGUGUGUUCCAGGGUGGAUAUCUCAGACACUCUGAUGUAUGUGUAUGAGAUGCUAGGAGCUGAGCUGCUCAGUAACCUGUAUGAGAAACUAGGACGAAUACUGACCAACACAGAACAAGCCUCGUCAUGGCAGGUACAUAUCUCACACACACACACACACACACACACUGAACACCCACACACUGUCUGAAGCCGUUUGUCUCUUCCAGCAUACAGAAGCGUUGCUAUAUGGGUUCCAGUCGAUAGCGGAGACAAUAGAUGUCAACUACUCUGAUGUCAUCCCAGGCCUGAUCGGACUCAUCCCCAGAAUCAACAUCAACAACGUCCAACUGGCAGACACCGUCAUGUUCACUAUAGGUAUUGAUACGGUCAUAGCUGUCUUUUUUUUGUGUGUUUUGUUCAUCCAGGUAAUAACAAAGAGAGAAAAAUGAAAAAAAAUUAACAGGAAAAGCAUCAGUCUCCUGUAGGGUACAGUGUUACUGUCUUUUCAUCCACUCUAUUUUUCUCCUCCCUCCCUGUAGGAGCUCUAGCAGAGUGGUUGGCGGACCACCCAGUGAUGUUGAGUAGUGUUCUACCUCUGGUACUCCAGGCCUUGGGAAACCCAGACCUCUCCGUCUCCUCUGUCUCCACACUCAAGAAGAUCUGCAGAGAAUGCAAAUACGACCUGCCACCCUACGCUACCAAUAUAGUGGCUGUAUCACAGGUGUGUGUAUACUGUAUAUCAUAUUUUAUGUUUAAAAAAAAAUGUUUUAUUACAUUUGAGUCAAUGUAAUAUAAUUCUACUGAUACUUCUACUACCCUCUUUUCUUCGCAGGAGGUGCUGAUUAAGCAGAUUCACAAGGUCAGUUCUAGUCCUUUCUGGAAAUAAUUCAAGCCAUAACCCCAAUGUGCCAACUCACUGAACCCACUCGAAACAUGUAUAGUGAAAGUCUGGGACAGAGUCAAAAUUCAAAUAACUUUAUUAUCUGCGCAUUUGAUACAUGCAACAAUGAGCGUAUUCAAUACAUUUAAAUAAAGCACAGAGAGUGUACACCAGACCAUAGAAUGAGUCAGCUCAUUCAGUCAUGAAAACAAAGAGCAAGGUUAAAGCUGAUGACAAGACUGAUGGAUGGCAGCUAGCAAAGAGCACUUACACAAAGAGUCACAUUAUCUUUCAAUGGCCUGGAAAUGUAUAAUGUUCUCUCUUCCUCCUCUCUCUCUUCCUCCUCAACCUCUCCUCCUCCCUUCCUCUCUCCCACUUCAGACCAGUCAGUGUAUGUGGCUGAUGCAGGCCUUGGGCUUCCUGCUGUCUGCUCUGCCUGUGGAGGAGAUACUGAGGAACCUGCACUCCCUCAUCACACCCUACAUACAACAACUUGAGAAACUAGCUGAUGAGACGGUACACACACAAACACACACACACACACACACACACAUACACACACACACACACACUGUGGUAACAGUGUUAAAGUGGCAUACUUUCCUCUCUCUGUUGGACUGGGGCCAUAUGAACAGACCUUGUGUCUGCAUGGAUGCACCACACACUCACACAUAUAUAUGUAUUGCACACACACCACACACACGCUCUCUCUCUCUCUCUCUCCCUGUUGGACUGUGUCCAUAUGAACAGGCGUUGUAUAUCUGUGAUGCUCCACUGUAGUUGAACAUUUCUCUGUGGGACCAGAUUGGCUUGAUCACUACACCAUGGGCUACUGAAUCACAGGGACAUAAUACACACUCACUCUGACACAGCACACACACACCAGAUUCUGACUUUAUUAAAUGUCAGGUCUAAUGAAUCCGGGCCUUCAUAUAGGAGCUAAAAAUAAGGAUUUGACAUUUUCUCAAAAUAAGGAGCUGACAUUAACUAAAAAUAAGGAUUUGACAUUAUCAGUGUUGAAUUCGUUUCUCUCCCCUGAUCUAUUGUUCUGGAGUCAGCAGAGACCUGAGUGUCUGGGUGAAAAGAGAUGUCAGUUCAAAUGAAGAGUUUCCUUUCUUUCUCUCACUCGCAUACACUUUCUCACUCACUCUCUCCCCUCUGCCUCUCCUCUCGCUGCCUACCUGUCUCUUUCUCUCCCUUUCUACCUGUCUGGUUGUGUGAUUUAUAGCCAUGAAGUCAGACUAGGAAUCAGGUUGUCUGUGCAGCCUGACAAACACUGGCACCUUGAGGCAAGAGGUGAAACUGCACCUCCACUAUAUUAUAAGCUACAGUACAACCAUGUCUGUUUUUAUGCAUUUAGGGUGGUAUUCUGAUUUAAGAUCUGUGCACUUCACUCAAAUUUUCGCCCAUUGACGUCAAUUAAUGAUUUAGGCAUAAGUCCAAGUUGCACACACCUAUCUCAACUCUGAAUUGUGUAUUGCAUCAGUGUGUGUGUGUGUGUGUGUGUGUGUUCAGUAGCAACAUGACACAUUGCUCAUUAAGUGAAGGGAGUCAGCCCAGCUGCAUUACGCCUCCCUUGUACGCCACAGUUCCGUUGUCAUGGAUACAGAGCGGUGAUUAAAUGGGUACUAGCAAAGCUUUAAUUAGUGUUGUCACCCUGGAGAGCGUGUGAAAUCUGCAGAAAGAUGAAGCCAUCAACUGACUGACUCACCCAAAAUCAUCUCUUCUCUCUUUCACUUCUUCAGAAGAAGUUCUGUCCUUUUCACGUCAUCCCUCUCUUUCAUGUUCUUUCACUAUCUUUCUUUUUGUAACACACGUUAAGACGUUAAGACAUGGCUCCCUAAAGGUAAUGACUUACUUUCUCUUCUCUCUCCCUCCCUCAUCUCUCUCUCCAGCCCAACCCGUCCAAUAAACUAGCGAUAAUCCACAUCCUGGGUUUGUUAUCCAAUCUCUUCACUACGCUGGACAUCAGCAAGCAGGAGGACGAAUCAGGAGAGGGCACCGCGCCACCCGUCAAAACAGCCCCGCCACCACCAGGACCUAACCCGGUGAGAGACACCAUCAUCAUCACCAUCAUCAACACCCAGCCACACACAAGCUCAGUUGGAGUGUUUAGCGUUUUUAUUGUGGGAAUGUUUAGCGUUGUCUAAGUUACUCAAACUAACCUGUGUGUGUUCUAGGUGGUGGUGGUCCUACAGCAGGUCUUUGCUCUCAUUCAGACGGUCCUCAGCAAGUGGCUCAACGACUCUCAGGUGGUGGAGGUGAGACACAAGCACACACUGAACAGACCAAUAGUGAUGUUUUAAUAUAUGAAGCUUAAAAGAAUCCAACUUGAACCAGCUGAAAAUAAACAGUUAUUACACUCUCCCCCUCCUUUCACCGUGCCCUCCCCCUCUCUCUCUCCCUCCCUCCUCCCAGGCGGUGUGUGCUAUCUUUGAGAAGUCGGUGAAGACUCUGCUCCAUGACUUUGCCCCCAUGGUGUCUCAGCUCAGUGAGAUGCUAGGACAGAUGUACAGUACCAUACCACAAGCCUCAGCACUGGACCUCACACGACAGGUACACACACAUACACUUAAACACGCACACACACUUGAACACACUCACGCAUACACGAUACACACUCACACGCAUCAGAGGCACACACACACUCACUCUCACAGAAACACCUUGACCAGUGUGAAACCGUCUGUGGUUGUGUUUGACAGAUGGUCCAUAUAUUUGCCAGUGAGACGGACCACUUCCCUCCAAUCAAGGCUCUAUUUGAGCUGGUUACCUCUGUAACACUCUCCAUCUUCCAGCAAGGUAGGGGGUCCUGCAGGGGAGGGGGGUGAUAUUUGUCUGUUUUUCUUUUGGGUGAAUUUGAUUGACAGGCAAACCUACACACACUCCUGCUUUCACCUGAGAGCAGGAGAACAAGGACCAUGGAGAAUGAACAUGGCUUCCAUGAGAAAUGCUUUUUGCGUGUGUGUCAUCUAAUACCUGCAUAGCAGCAGAGGAAAUACAAUGGCUGCAUCUCAAUAGUCUAAAGUCCUCGUCUCCUCUACUUGGAGCUGGACAGUUGAAAGCACCUGUUGCACCAUAUUGCUUUAACCUGCCCUGUGUUUUUAGAUGAGUACAGAUGAAGGGGAGGCGAUGAGGAGAGGAAGUCACAUUAGACUAUUGAGAUGCAUCCUCUGUCCUCCUGUGCUGCUAUGGAGAAUUAGAUAAGAAAAGGCAUUAGAAGGAAGUUUUUGUUUUUCACACUGAUAAUAUCCAGUGGUUGUUUCUGAAUACUGUCUAGCCCUCUCUCUUCUCCCUUUUUAGUUCUCCUCUCAUUCCCCCUCUUCUGCUUUGACUGUGUUUGAUUGAUAAUGGCUGCCUCUCCUCCUCUCCUCCCUUUCUUUAACUCUUUCUGAGCAGGUGACCUUAAAUGUUACACUGUGGCCUGUAUCUUAUACAGUAUGGUGCAACGUUACAAAACAUUACAGAAUGUUGUUGCAGAACAACGUUCAUGUAGAAAUGUAUUGUGUAGAACAGACAGCCCUCUCAGUUUUACAGAACAGGGAAUUGUGUGGGCUCUAUACAUUGCAUUUCUAUUUGGGUUGCACCGACUGAAUAAGCCUGUAAGGUGGGGGCUUGUAUGGGGGUGGGGGAUGGGGUCUUUUUUGGAGUCUGGGAACAGCGAAGGGAAGGGUUGCCUCCCAAGUGUUCACCUUUUGGGGGGUGGGGGGGGUAGGGGUCAGGGGUCAGGGGUGCUAUUGACCCAAUCCCAAAUUGACCCCCAGCCCCUACCCCCUUGGCACAUGGAUGGUUGUAAGCCACACAGAAAAAUAUAAUCUCGCCUAUCGUAUGACAAGGUGGCGCUAUAAGCAAGCCCCUAGGGUGUAGAGUCUAGGGGAGAUGCCUAGGGCAUAGGGGCUAGUCCAGGGGAAGGGGGUAGAGGCUAGGGUUUGAUUUGGGACUGGACGCCCCUUUUUCUCUGAAGCGUCACAGUAACAGAGGUGCCUCCUGGGUUCCCCACUCCAAACCCACUUUUGUUAUUUUUAGGUUUGUUCCUUCUCUUGUUCCUUCUUUCUUUUUGAUCUCCAAAUGGAACCCAUGUCUUCUCUUUCUCUGCCUGUUUUUUGUUCGUUCAACCGCUCACUGUUUUUCUGAGACUCUUCCAAAGCUUCACACGCCCCUCCCUCCCUCUCCCCUUUGUUUGUGUUUUACUCACGUGUGACAAUUAUUUCAAUGAGAUCUUUUCUGUUCUCUUUUCUUUCCACAUGACUGUUGAAUCGGUUGAGUUGCUGUUUGUAUAUUAUUAUUCUACUCUUUAUUCUUUAUGAUUUGUUAAGUUUCAUCUUUAUUAUAUUUUAGGACCCAGGGAUCAUCCUGAUAUUGUUGAUUCAUUUAUGCAACUCCAAGCUCAGGUGUGUUUUUGGUUUCUUAUUUCAUUCACUUUGGGUUUCUCUCUCUCUCUCUCUCUCUGUCUUUUUAUCUCUAGCUCUCUCUCUCCUCUCUCUCUCUCUGUCUUUUUAUCUCUAGCUCUCUCUCUCCUCUCUCUCUUUCUGUUCUUUGUUAAAAAGGGUCAUAGGGCGACCCAUCAUAAUGGCAGGGCAGAGAAUAGACAGUAGGUGGCGCUAUUGAAGGACAGACUGUCUUCUUCAAUACUCAGGGCUCUAAUCAGCUCUAACCUUUUGUCUGAUGAUGAGGGAGUUAGGGUCAGAGUUCACCAAGGUCGUGUCCAGUAGGCAUAAAAAAUGAGAAAAUGUUUUGAAAGGAGGAGGGACUACCUGAACGUGUCCAAUAAGAAACAUUUUCAUGUUCAGUUGUCCUACUGAACACGACCCUGGGAAGUAGUUCCCUGUGACCUCACUGGUUAGAAUCCCAGAGCCACGCCGCUUUUCUAAUGUCAUUCCAGCCCAGAGCCAAUCAAAGCCCAAAUUAAUUAAUAUGCCAUUAAUUAAUCAAUUCAGGCGAAUUGGUUGCCCUCUGUUUUUUUUCUUUUUGUCUUCCUUCUACAUUCUUCUUCCUUUAAUCUUUGGAUAGAUCUGAUCUCCUCCUCUCCUCUUCCCUCUGUCCCUCUCUCCUCCUCCAUCCUGAAUGAGUUCAUUACAGUAUCAGUUGUAUUUAUCCGUACAUGUACCUUACUUACUUACUUAUGUUGCAUAUUCAAUCCAACCAGGCCAAAAAAGGGAGAAAAAAUAGUGUAUCAGAAUGAAAUUGAUACAAAAGCUACAGAACCAUCACUGCCUUUUAGUUUGAUUUAAGUUUUGAAUAAUUUUCUAUGUUUGUUUUUCUCCAGUUUGUUUGCUGAGUUUGCAUUGGAGCAGAGUUGUGUACUUACUGUAUGAGUGGCAGUUUGUCAUAGGGAGAGUGGAGUAGUCUAGCCUGGUAGCUUCAUCUGUUUACCUGCUCUAGACAACUCCUUUAGCCCAACUCACAUUCACUCCCCUCAAGGAUUUAAAAGCAUUGGAUUGGUGUAAGAAACACUUUGUCUACACCAAUCCAAUGCUGUUAAAUCCCAGAGGGGGAGUGAACAAGAUCACACUUCAGGGAGAAGGGGGAGAAUCAGAAUUUGCCUCUUGCUGUUCAACUAGGGCUAGAAGUUGUUCCUGACCUUGUGGGUAAACAGUUGAACAUGGCAAUGACAAACGAGUUGUCUAAAGCAGACACAGUUCUGUCUACGAGGCUAGAAGAGUGGGGGGGGGGGGCAGUAUAUUCUGGGGUGGGAGGUAGGGGGGCAGAGAGAUGGUGUACCCCUGGAGUAGGGGAACAGACUCCUGCCCUGUGUCAUGCUUCUGUCUGCCUCCUACUGUAGGCCCUCAAACGGAAGCCAGAUCUCUUCUUGUCUGAGAGUCUUGACGUGAAAGCUGUGUUCCAUUGUGGUAAGUGUAUGUUUCUUUGCUCCCAACACACACUGAUCAUUGUGUGUGUUGCCGCGUCCCUCUUAACACACACACACACACAUACACACCUCGUCAUUCAUUGUGCCUCAGAGAUCCCCAGAGAUUGUGCUGGAAACAUCUGAAGAGUAAAACUGUUAGAAAGUGUUUAAAGGUCAACUGCCCCUUAGGCCAUUUCAAUCCAGAGUUGGUUCUAUGUGGCAUGGAUGUGAGUCAGAAACAUUCAUUAUAGUGUCAUAAUUGACUACAAAGUGUAAAUAGGAUAAAUUUGGACAUGAGGUCAGUCUCGUCCAAAACGGAAUUUUGUAAGUGAGUUUGUCACGACUUACUGGAGGGUUUACGAUCAUGCCCACUUGCCCAGUGCUCACUAACACGAGAGAAGCAGCUGUGCUGAUUAAGCUCUAUCUGCUAAGCACACUCUAUCCAAUCAUAGCAGCCAGAACCUCCAGACAAGACAGUGAGACAGACCUGCCCAUUACGCAGCGCCUCAGACUUGUUUACAUAAGAAAAUAAAUUGCCAAUGUUAUGUUGAAAUAACCUUAAGCCCUUUAUUGAGUGGCCACUUGCUGAUGUUUAAUAGUGUUAAUCACUCAAGUCUGCCACUUUUUUAAAAUUUUUAAUCAUUUAGCAGACGCUCUUAUCCAGAGCGACUUACAGUUAGUGAAUACAUAUAUAUAUAUUUUUUUUUCAUACUGGUCCCCCGUGGGAAUUGAACCCACAACCCUGGCGUUGCAAACGCCAUGCUCUAUUAACUGAGCUACAUCCCUGCCGGCCAUUCCCUCCCCUACCCUGGACAACGCUAGGCCAAUUGUGCGCUGCCCAUGAGUCUCCCGGUCGCGGCCGGCUGCGACAGAGCCUGGAUUUGAACCAGGAUCUCUAGUGGCACAGCUAGCACUGCGAUGCAGUGCCUUAGACCACUGCGCCACUCAGGAGAACUAUGGAGACAGAGCGCAUUUGUAUCCUAACUGCAAUUCCAAAACCCAUUUGCGAGCAUCUUGUCCCCCGCGACCUGCUUUGUAACAUGAUUCCCUAUGAAACACUGCCAGACAGACACACUCUGGUAAUACAUAGUGAGAAAGUUGUAAAAAACAACGGCACUGAAGUAUACACGUUGCCACUUACCCGUGAUAAACACAGAGUUGGAACUUAGCUUGCAGGUGAUUUGGGGUACUGAUAAACAGUGUGUAGCUUGUGUUUUAUGUACUAUAGUUUGACAGCUUGCAGAUGAAGUUGUAGACAUGUUAUCGUUCUCAGAAAUCAGUCCUGAGAAAGUUUUUCAUGUAAAAAAAAAAAUACUUGAGAAAUACUGCACCAAACACCUUAGCUAGAUGUAAAAUUGCGCGACUAAGACCUGCUCGGCAAAAACUUCUACAUGAAUUACAGAUUUCUUGAUUUAUCUUAGAUUAAUUCUGACUAUUGAUAGAAGUGACUAUUUUGAGGAAGAGUAUAUGUUGUUGCCAUGCUGACUCAGGAGGGACAAACAACAGUACCUGCCAGGGUAGGAUAUGUGAAAAUAACACACCCAGAUCAAACCACACCCCCAAGACAACUCUUGUUUGUCUUCAGUCAUGGCCUCUAGCAUUUCUUAGUGAGCAAUCUUCCAAACGAGGCCAAAUCAGGAAGUGCAGUCGCCCUUUAAAUAGUUUAAAUAGAAUAGUUUCUUUAAUGCCCUACCCCCCCUCUCUCUCUCCUGUAGGAGUGCUGUCACUCAAAUUCCCAGAGGCUCCAACAGUCAAGUCUACCUGCUUGUUCUUUGUGAGUGUACACACACACACACACACACACACACACACACACACACACACACAGUAAAGCUAAAAUGUUUUAAUUUGGCUCUAUACUCCAGCAUUUUGGAUUUGAGAUCAAAUGUUUUUUAGUAAAGAAUGUCACCUUGUAUUUGAGGGUAUUUUCAUAUCUGUUUUCCGUUUAGAAAUGAAAGCACUUUAUGUACAUUAAACUGCAAAUGCAUCCAUCAAGUUUGUAGUCAAAAGCUUGAUGUAGUCAUUACGUGCUAGGAAUAUGGGACCAAAUACUGAACUUUUGACUACUUUAAUAAACAAUAAGUGAAUAUGUCCAAACACUUAUGACACCUUCAAAUGGGGGGACUAGAAACAUAAAGAACCUUCAUUUUUAAACGUUAAAACAGAUAUGCAUGAAAAUACCCUCAAAUAAAAGGUGACAUUCUGUAAUGUCGCCUCAUUUGAAACACUCCAAAAUGUUGGAGUAUCGAGCCAAAGUUUUAGCUUCACUGUCCAAAUACAUACGGAGGGGAUUGUAUGUUUUUGGUUAACCAAGGAAGAUCUUGUUGAUGAGAUGUGAUCUUAGUUUUGUGGUUCUCUCUGAUUGUCCCUGUGUGUGUGCCGUAGACUGAGUUGUUGCCCCGCUGCUCAGAUGUGCCCCCAGUGGCCAGAGUGGUGCAGGAGGAUGGAAAACUACUGCUGCAGGCCGUACUAGAGGUAAACCUACAUACAUCGUCGCUAAUGUCUUUUAGCUGUCCUACUGUAUACUGAAACAUCACCUUACUGACUGGUCUUUCCGUCUCUCUCUCCAGGCAAUCGGUGGAGGUUCAUCUCGUAGUCUGAUGGACCAGUUUGCUGAGGUGCUGUUCAGUCUCAAUAAGCACUGUUUCCCUCUUCUCACCGUGUGGCUGAAAGAGGCACUGCAGGCACCAGGCUUCCCGUCCACUAGGGUCACCACAGAACAGAAGGACACCUUCACCCAACAGAUACUCAGGUACCACACACACACACACACACACACACACACACACACACACACACGUACUUGCUCACUCUCCUCACCUAAGCAAUGCUGUUGUUAGCUUUUCUGUCUCUCUGUCUGACUCUCUCUCCUCCCGCUCUCCCUCUAGAGAGCGAGUGAAUAAGCGGAGGGUGAAGGACAUAGUGAAGGAGUUUACACUAGUCUGCAGAGGGCUUCACGGGACCGAGUAUGCCGCUGAAUACUGACCCUGACCUUGCCACAACCUCUUCCCCAGGCUGGACGCCACGGUACUACAGUACCCACAAACCCCUCAACACUGGAGUUUCCAUUGGACGAUUGAAACUAGACCCUCCCCCCUAGAACAGAAAACAGCUCCCCAUACAGGCCAGCCAUCGGACGAAUGGUGCUCUGUCACACCACUCAGCGGUCUGACGAAGGCUGCUCUCCUUCUUUCCCCCUCUCUCUUUCUCUCUUUCUUUCC